AUGCCGGCGCCACCCUCUGGUCCUGGCCCUGGAGGGGCCUCACGUCCCUUGUCCACAGCCGUUGUCUCCUAUGCCGAUCGUCUCCAGAUUGCCUCAUCGAAUGCUACUGCCCAGGCCUUCCUUGGCAGCCGUCAGCCGGCAUGGCUCAAUCCGAAUGCUGCUGCAACCUCUACGAACUCAGUCAAAAAGCUCAGCACCCGUCUGACUUUCAGUCGCCAGCCCGCUAUUAAACCACCACAGGCACAGGCUCAGGCGCAGGCUCAGGACCAGAACCAGCCAAAUCAAACGCAGGCUCCGAUUUCGACCGUUACCUCAACUUCUACAGCCUCGCCGACCGCCCAGCAACCCCAGCGGCCCCAGAAGGGGCACCAGCAGCAGCUAAUCCAGAGCUAUCAACAGCCGCAGCAGCAUCCAGCGCCCCCCAUACUUCCCUCUCCGGCUCCCAGCGAUGAACCGAGCCCUGCCCAGUCCACUUCGCUCGAGAGUCCGAGGGCCAUGGCUGCCCCCCUUCCCGAUGCUCAGAACUCCAGGCAGACGCCCGCUCCAGCCGCCGCUUCUCUUGCUCACGUCACCGAGACUCGCUUCGCACCCGUCCUAGCUGUCGACGAUGAUGUACAAGAAGUCCCGGGGGCGCAGCUCACCGCACAGGCUUCCUCGAGGUCGUCUCGCCCGUCGUCUACCUCAGCCUCGGCAGCUUCGACGCCAGCUCCGGGCCCGAUGCCGGCCCUAGCCCCCAUAGCUCCAGCGCAGGCCCCUACUCCGCUCUCCGUCGCGUCGACCUCAUCUCCUGCCCUCCCUGCUGGCCCCGCGAUGGCACCGAUGCCGCCCCCUCGCCCCGUAUCGACUUCCCAGCCCCUACCCCGGCUUCAGCCUGCUCCCCCUCGUCCUCUCCCUCCUCUUGCUCCUGCUCCUGCUCCUUCUCCUUCACCGGUCAACCAGCCUGCGGCCCAAGCUACGGCCAAUAAAAACAAGAGGAGACGCACUGAGUGGGUGACGCGGGUAAACGGAUUGCCCAUCGACAGGGUACUGACUAUGUCCUUUAGGCCGCUCUCUCCAUGUCCCAGAUGCGUCGGUUGGGCCGUUAAACUGGACCAUUACAUUGGGGCUUGCGGCGGGGAGACCGCUCUCGAACCUAAGGUUUUGAAACCUCGACUCGUUCUCCUGCGCUGUGCUUGCCGCGACCACGACGAGUUCUUUCUCGCCCUGCACCAGCUCUUCACUAUAUGGUCCCAGUCUCGCGAACAGGUUUACCAGACUCUCGCACCCGAUCCGACCAGGACCACAGGGUGGAACGCCUCCGCCAUCGAGAAUGGCUUCAGCAUCCUCGAGGCGUUGCUUAAGAAGAACGACGAGAUGCCGCUAGUCCAUCAGCUUUGGCUCGCCAUGUUUCCCGACGACAUCAUAGAGUGGCCCCGAGCCUACACGGAUGGCCAGGUACACGACCCAAACAGCCCCUGCCCCAGGCUGAUCCAGGUGAUUACCCAUUUCUUGAUGCAGCUGGGCGCCCGGUACCCGACCAUGGUCAACGAGGUCGUUGCACGAGGCUACCCCUUCCUUGUCGAGGAGAUGCUCCAACUUGGCUGUACAUCUUCCAACAUGCAGAAAAUCAUCUAUACUGCAAGCCGCCGGCGCCUGGGUGUCCUGGACGGCUGCGGCUGUGAAAACGAGAUGGAGCGAAUAUUUGAGGAAGACCAAAACCGCCAUCGCGCGGGCCCCUUCAAUCUCCCACAUUUCCUACUUGCCGAGGCUCAGGAGCGACAACAUCGCAAUAACAUCAUCCCCCGCUACAAACAGGUCGUUGCUGCGGCUCAACAGCAGGCACGUCUACGCAUGCAGAUGACAACGCCUCUCCAAAAUCAGCCCUUCCCUGGCACAAGCAACACGGUCAAUGCACCACAGGCGCAACCUCUUCCUCCUGCUCAGUUCUCUAUGCCUGCUUAUGCUAGUACACCGGGUCACUCACCGCUGGCAUCACCAACCAUGGUCCCAUCACAGAAUUCUUUCACAGCACCCCCAGGGACGAGUCAGCCUAUGAUGCCUGCAGCUCAAAUCAGAGUGCAUCACCACAACGGGGCUGCCUACAUUUACUAUACGCCGGGCUCAACGAUACCCAACCAAAACAUGACGCAGGUCCAGGCUCAGCAGCAACAGCACCAGCAAGCCCAAGCCGCUGUCAUGCGCACCCAGCAACAGUCGCAGCAUGCUCAGCAGCAACACUUGCAGCAGCUUUGGGCAGGAAGACAGCAGCAGCAGCAGCAGCAGCAGCAGCAACAGCAACAGCAGCAACAGCAACAGCAGCAACAGCAACAGCAGCAACAGCAGCAGUACAUGCGCAAUUCUCGAGCUGCCAACACCCGUCGUCCUACCAAUCUCAACAUCAACCUCGCCCGCCCCAUCCUGCCGGCGAUAGAUGUACGGCAGCCUUCGACACCACAACCCCUUACCCCCCUGAACCAAUCUUUCCCCCAGGCAGCCCUCCAGCCACCUCAGCCUUUCCCGUCGGUUCCCUCGGCUGUCCCUGUGCCUGUUAUGAACCAGCAACCCUCACCUCAGGCAGCAUUACCAGCGCAGCACGCGCCCGAGACGCCGACUGAUCGCUUGAUCCCGCCCCCGAACCAUCAGAUCCCACGUAACGAGUGGCCUCAUGAUCCGUCAGAUGUGAGGGCGAUCCAAGUGGCACUACAUCAAGCACACGUUCGCAGUCCCAAGCGCGUCAUCAAGGAGCUCAACCCGGAGCGUUUCUACCAGAGCAUCAAAUCGCUUCCUUUUGGCCCUCAGGCUAUUCCGCCCAAGAACACGCUUUACGAGUUUCGCUUCGAGGUCUCGCCCGAGCAACUGGCGUUGGCUGCGACUCGCUCCAAGAAACAUGGCGGUUACCUGCCGGUGAUCGAGCACUUCAAUGGCGCCCUGCGCUGGCGUGUCAAGUGCUGCCGCGUCAACCGCUCGCCUGACUCGCCUCCUUCUGAGCACCAGUGGGCCGUUAUGGACGUCAACUGGCCGCCUAACAUCUUCAUGACUCUCAACCAGCAAGCUCUCUCUGUCCGCCACCAGCCCCACAACGGCAAGGACCUGCCCACCGAAGUGACCGAGUUCAUCGUUGCCGGCACCAAUGUGCUCAAGGUCGGCAUCCCCGACCACAGCAACCGCGAUCAGGCCAAGGACCGCUUCAUCGCCGUCGAGCUGGUCGAGACCCUCAGCCACAGCACCAUCUUGUCCACGAUCUGGUCAUCUGGUGUUAUCCCCGCCGCCGAUACGCUUGCUACCAUCAAGCGUCGCCUGAACAGCACCUCAUCCCUCAACGAUGAUGACGAUGGUAUAGUAGUCGCCCAGCCCGAUCUGCCCAUUGACCUGGCCGACCCCUUCUCAGCUACGAUCUGGAAGGUUCCCGCCCGCGGCAUGCACUGCACUCAUCUCGAGUGCUUCGACCUGGAAACCUGGCUCAACACUCGGCCUGCUAAGGCCAGUCUGAAGUGCAUUCACGGCCAUGGAGGGUUGAAUGCCACGCAAGCAGCGUGCUGCAGUCGUCCGGAGCCGUCUAACCCGGAUAAGUGGCGGUGUCCGAUCUGCAUGGGGGAUGCAAGACCCGGCAGUCUAAGGGUAGAUGCGUUUUUGAUGGGGGUGAGGGAGCAGUUGGAGAAGGAGGGCCGGCUGAACGGGGUGAAGAGCUUGAGAGUCAAAGACGAUGGCAGUUGGUGUGUUGUCGUUGAGAAGGAUGACGGGGAGAGUGAGGAUGAGGGCCCAGCGAGGAAGAAAGUGGCGUUGGGGCCGAAGCCGAUCGCGGCUAAGAAGGAGGGGAGUAUGGAUAGGGCUGCGGCGGUGCCUGUUGUGCCCAAGAAGGAGGUGGAAGUUAUUGUGUUGGAUGACGACUAG